AUGUCUACUACCACGACUGAAAGCCCGAUUACAAGUACAACGGUAUCCGUUCUUACGGACUACGAAUUGCAGCAUAGCGAGCCGCAAGUACCAGCCCCGCGAAGCGAAACACCCAUCCAAGCCUCAAUCCAACAGCCUGCAGAUUGGCCUGUAGACCAUCUUCGAGUACCUCCCUAUCGACCUAUUAAUCGAAACCUCGACUGGAGCGAGCGCUCUGCGGGAAGUCACCCGGCUGAGGUGGCUUUCGUUCAAAUCAUGUUGCAUGGUGUCUGGAUCAAUGCGGCUAUAUCGCGGCUCUGGCAUAACACAUUAGGGCGCGUGAAUGAUAGGAUCUUUAGGUAUGAGGUUGGGGGCGAGUGGUAA